AUGGGUUGUGUCCAAACAAGAUAAUAUGAAAAGAGCACAAUGAUUACUUGUGAAAUCAAAUAUUUAAUUCCUGAAUUAGUUUAAUCAAUAAAAUUAGCAUAAUAAUGUCUCUAUUCUCCAGAAUCUCCAAUCACGGUAAUCGCUAUUUCCAAUUUUAGCUUACUCCUAUCAAACCAAUAAACGGAAUUUAUUGUAAAAUCGAAAGCACAUUACCAUCAGGUUCGGUUAAAAUGAGAGCCAUCUAUAAUAUGCUUUAUAGAUUGUAACAGAAAAAACGGUACAGAGGAGAUGAUGAGCUAAAUUUAGUAAUUUGUUCUUCUGGAAAUGCAGCCACAGCUUGUAUAGAGAGUUUGAAAUUAUUAAAGUCAGAUAGAAAGUUGAAUCAAAAAUAAGAAGGAAUUGCAAGUGAAUUUGUUUAAGAUGAUACACCUACUGAUCCAGGAUUGUCUGUAGAAAUUAAAGAUGAAUAAUUCUAAUCAAAAAUAAAACCAUAUGAAUUAAUUGGCAAGUUAAUAAUAUUCUCGAAAUAUGUCAAAGAAAUUCAUCAAACAAAUGAUUUACCUAAUGUUACAAUAAUACAUUCUGAGUUAAAUAAAAAUGAAAUUGAAAAAGAAGCUAUAACAUAUAGUUAAGAGAUGGGAUAUGAUUAUUUAGAUUUAUAGAAUGAUUUUGAUGUUUUUGGAGGCUAUGCUACAAUAGGAUUUGAAAUAGAUUAAUGGCAAGUUUUAACAAAUACAAAUAUAGAUUAUAUAUUUGUUACUCUGAAAAGUGGAGCUUUAAUAGCAGGAAUAGCUUUCUAUUUAAAGUACAUUGCAUAAAAUUAAACGCGUAUUAUUGGAGUAAUGUUAAAUGGAACAACUAGAAAAGAUGCAACUUUAUGUUAAUAAAUUAUAGAAGGAUUUAUUGAUGAAAUUCUUUAUGUCACUGUAGAGGAAGUAGAGAGGGCUUAAUGUGAAUUAGCAAAAGCUGAGUAAAUAGCUGAAUUUAAUUGUGCUAUUGCUUAUGCAGGAUGCAAGAAGAGUUAAAUGAAAAAUAGCUUAGUUGUACUUUCAGGUGGAAAUGUUGCAGUUAAAGAUUUAGAAAGAUUAAUGAAAAAAUAUGAAUGA